UUCGAUUCGUUUUGUUUUCUCGUGCUUUGUUUGAUUUUUGUAAGUCCUAGCGAUGCAGGCGAUAGACGAGCUGCUUGCUGCGACUGAAACGACCAACGUCGGCGAUCCCGCUCCGGUGCAAUCCGUAGCGAAGGUGGUCGCUGCCGGCGCCAAGGUGAAGAAGACGAAGGCGCCUUCGUCCAAGGCUAAGAAGCCAUCCUCCCGCCCGAGGAAGCCAUCUGCCCACCCUCCGUAUGCCGAGAUGAUCAAGGAAGCGAUCUCGACCCUGAAGGAAAGGACGGGAUCGAGCCCUUAUGCGAUCGCCAAGUUCAUGGAGGAUAAGCACAAGGCGCAUUUGCCGUUCAACUUCCGGAAGAAUCUCCUCCUCCAGAUAAAGAAGCUCGCCGCCUCCGGCAAGCUCAAUAAGGUGAAGGGCUCCUACAAGCUUUCCUCCGGCGAGGUCGCUGCGAAAGCCAUCUCAAAGAAACCCGCCGCAUCCAAGUCGAUGGCUACGGCUAAGUCAAAGCCCAAGUCGACCGUCGCCAAAGCAAAGCCUGUGGCUCCUUCCUUGAAGCUCAAGGCCAAGACUGUUGCCAAAACAAAAUCGAUGUCCUCUUCGGCGGCAAAGUUGAAACCGGCCUCGGCGAAGUCAGCAUUAAAGAGGAAAACGCCAGCGAAGCCGAAAUCCGCCGCUCGGCCUGCGAAGGCAGCCAAGACGUUCGCAAAGGACGCUCCGGCGAAGUCCACCGCCCCACGGAAAACUGCCGUCAAGAAGCCCAAGUCUGUUACUACGCCAGCGAAGAAGUGAUCAGUUUUUUUCUUGAUGAAUUUGUUUCGUAGAUGACUUGUUAAUGUAAAAAGAGUGCUGCCGUGUGGGCAGUGGCGGCAUUGCCUCUGUCUGUGGUGGUGGGUAAAUAAAUAGUUAUAAAUGUUUUUUCAGCCUUCAAUGUUUUCCCUAUCCUUAAUAUUGUU